UUUUCCAUUUCCAGUGACAAAAUGGAAGAGAAGGGGGAAAACGGGAGACAGAGGAGGAAAAGAAAUCAGAAAUGUUUUCUUUUAAAAAAAACACAUAUUUUGCAAAAAUUGUCAUUGAGUCGAAAAAGCUAGUUUUCAUCCACAAAAAAUUUCAACCUGAUCUAGGUGGAAAGUUUGUGGCGAGAACUUGACUUUGUGACCGCCCCUGAACAGAGAGCAGAGAUUUUAAUUGUGUUGCCUGAAAUGAUGUACAGGUCUCGGGUUUUUUUUCUCCCCCUAGUGAUCGUCAGGUUCUAAAUUAAUGUAUCAUUUGUAGGAGUAGUUCAGGUUAUUCGAAUGUUCACUAGCUUUUGCUUGUCAGUAUUGUAUUGCAACUGCCAUUGUUCUUCCUAUUCACCUACGUAGGUGAGAUCCCUCUCAUGGUCUCUAGCGUGAACUGACCUAAAUGAUUUUGAGUCCUCUGCAAAUGUUGACACCUCACGGCUCAACCCAUUUUCCAGAUCACUGAUAAAUAUAUCGAACAGCAUCAGUCCUGUUCAUUGCUAACCUUUUGCCAGGAUGACAUUUGACCAGUUUUUCCUUCUUUGUUUCGUAGAUUCUCCCCCCUCUCCCCCACACUUUAUGAUUUCAUUAUGAAUUCUACCAGUAAUUCAUAACAAAUGGUAAAGAUCCUUAGCUGGAAGAUCUGCCUUUUACCGCAGCUGAGAAUCUGGCCUAAAAUGUUAAGGAAAAAGAAUAUCAAUGCCUCCCCCCUCCUCCUCUCCCCCCCCCUUAACAAUGGUUUGAAAGACAAUCCCUCUGAAAAGAAAGAAAUUAACACUUUUUUUUUAAAUUAAUCUCAAGCAGUAAAUAUGGUUGCUUAGACUGGCUUGAGAAUAAUUAAAUAGAUAUUAAAUUACAUUCAGCUACCUCAAAAUAUCUACUAAGGAAACUGUUGGAUCAAUACCAGAGCUGUUAGCCAGACUGAAAACUGCUAGCUUCCUUAUUUUUAAUUUGAGAUGCAAGAAAGGGUUGUUGCAUUACCAUAACCAAAAAAUAAUUUACCUCAUCUGGGCAGGAAAUAAGACUUGGGUAGAAAAAGCAAGAGCUGCACAUUCCCCAUUAAGCAAGAUCAAUUUUUGAUCUCAAAUGUAUAAUUUGAGAAACAUCUUGAAAUAUAAUUAACCCUAAUGGCUCCCGAUCCUUGGGUUCUGACGGGCUAUACUCAACACUGGACCGGAGAGAGAGAGAGUGUAUAUUGUGAGAGAAGAUCUAAAGGAAGAUUUGAUACUGGUCUGAGGAUCCCCAGGGCUUCUAGGGCCCUUUCUGCUUUAGAGCUGUGCAUGCCUUCGGAGACUUUGUUAUAAUUUCUCAAAUAGCCUCCGUGCUGAGCCUAAACAUUUCAAUCUCCUUAUUUGUGACUUCCGGGCCUUUCAGGCUAGUCGUUUCCUCAUUUGUUUGCCAAUUGCUUUUCUAAAGUAACAGGAGUUGGCACUGGCAUCUCUAGGGGGGAAAGGCUACAGAGGAGCAGGAGACUUGAUGUUCAGGAACCACUAGGCUCUGGCAGCCCUGUCACUCCAGGUGGAUGCACAAAAUGACAGAGGCACACGCUGCAGCCCACUCCAACUUACCUGCAUAAAAGCAGCUGGAGUCAUUUUCCCCUCCCUGCUUGCACAACAGACCCACUAGAUUUAAGGCUCCUCUGGAUCCAUAGAAGGGGCUGGCAGGAUUUGCCCCUCUGCUACAUCUCUGGUCCCUUUGAAAUCCAUUGGAAUUUUGGCACUUAGAAUCAUAGAAUCUCAGGGUUGGAAGAGCCCUCAGGAGAUCAUCUAGUCCAACCCCCUGCUCAAAGCAGGACCAACCCCAACUAAAUCAUCCCAGCCAGGGCUUUGUAUCAAGGGGGCCGGGCUUUGGCUCUGAGAUCAGCUCCCAAAGGUAAUUUUUGCUCAAGAGUACCAGAGUUUAUGCACUGUAGCUAAUCACAAAGCAAGCAGCCAGAGCGAUUCAGUGUCAUUUUUAUUACCCCCAUCUGUGGUUUGCCACAGGCCGUUUUUAAUAACCUGCGUCCAGUAUCCUUUCUAAACACCAGGCCACUGUUCCAUUGCCAUGCCUGGAUCCUUAGCUGGGGGAGAAGAGAAGGAAGAUGCAGUUACUCGUUCUGAUGCAAUGCCUAUGCAAUUGCAUCCUGAGCUUUGCCUACCUGUGUUUGUAGAGGGGAGAUGAUACGGUGUGCUAAUGACAACAGAGAGACAGCCUGCAGUGGCCAAUGCAAUAAGGCAGCUAUGAAGUCAAAGCAGUUCCUGUGUUUCAAUGAACACAUUGCCUAGUAAGGAUCAGAGUAAACCAAACGAGAGAAAUUCCAGGCUAGAGGAGAAUCACCGGGGGAGUAUGUGCAGUAAGUGGAGCUAAUCUUUUUUUUUAUUUUAGUCACCAUUCGCUAGUAUAAACAAGUGUGCUACGAUCCUGGACUAGAUCUGUCUCAUGCCUCCCUGGAACCACUUGCGAUUGCUUGUUUCUGGUGUGUCCCAAUUCUAUGGCAACAUCCUGACUACAGACAGUGUAAAAUGAACCUUCUCCCUUCCCACCCCACCCCUUUGCUUGGGGGAAGCUGUAAUCCCGGUGUUGCGUGUUACACAAUGGAGAGCAAACUAUGGCGUGACUCCCUCUGAUUUUAUGGCUGAUCCUGUCUCAUUUCUCUGGGAGAAGCUGGGUUGGAUGCAGCAGGUAGGGAAAUGGUACAGCGUGUGUCCUUUGAGUGCAGCCUCAUGUUUUGAAUCAGAUGUGAGUAGUCCACAGCUAGGAUCUGAUCUAGGCCAGGUCUAUGCCAGUCAGGGGAAUGGAGAGGUGGGAUCCCUGACUGAUGUCGCUGUGCUGGCAAAACCCCCUAGAAGAGACACAGUUAUAUGGGUAAAACUGCUGUUACCAGGAUAGUUUCUUUCACUUGGGGUGUGUGGAAGGGGGUGAGGGAGGGAACUGAAGUAAGCUAUGCCAACAAAAGCACAGUUUGGCUGGUAUGUGCUCUGUUCCCAUAAGGCGUGCCUUACUGGUGCAGUAUACUGGUAUUCUAUACCCCCAAUUAAGGGCUCCUAAUAUAGACCUGGCCUUAGACCCACUACCAACCCUACUAAAGUGAUUGGGAGGCUUUUCACCCACUACACUGGACCAGACCCCUAAUGCAAAACUAACACAUCUUUUCUUGGUCUCUCUCUGCAGCAGUUUAUUUGUAAGGGAAGCCAGGAAAAUGCCCUAAUUUGACGGUCGAUUCUUGUAAACAUCCAAUAAAUUCCCAGGGCUGGGUAUGUAUCUCCCUUUCCUCUUAUCUACAUUUGUCUGUUUAUUUGCGUGGCCAAUUUCUUAGUACUGUAUAUUACUCCCCAACCUCGAGCAAUUGGUGCGAAAUCUCCAAUCUCUAUGUAUUUCAGAGAGAGACGUGUUUGCCACAGCUUUGCUUAAUUCCUGCCUUCUGUCGCUGGGAAAGGGAUAUGCAUGGCAGCCUUGGCUGUCUUUUAAGAAAAGAGCACAGCUACUGCCAUCAGUGUUUGUUCACUGGGCUUGUUUUACGGGGAUGAGUGCAUAGUUUGGUACCUCUCAACAACAGCGCUCUGUGUGUGUGUGUGUGGUUUGGGGAUGACUGAUGGGGCAGAGCCUUCAGUGAGAACAAUGAAUCAGAACCUUGAUCAAAGCAGUUAUUUCUUAUGAGUCAAAUAUUCUGGUAAAGGAAAUAUCACCCUGCUGGAAAUGAGCGCAGUCAGCGAAGACAAGUUGCACGGUGCUCAAUGUCAGUGGCCAUCUUCUGAAGGCUUUCACUGCAGACUCCAAGGGUGCCAUCCCAUUGUUAAAGCUCUGCUUUGGCUAAUAAACCCCCGGCAGUUUAGAUGAUGCAACCCUGGGGUGGGGUGGGAAGGGAGAAGGUUCAUUUUACACUGGUUGCAGCUGAGAAUACAAGGUGACCCUCAUCUUCUUGUUUAAGGGAAAGUGUCCCCUUUGGACCAUGUUGAUGAUCAGCUUCCUGGACCUCCACUAAAACUGUGGGGCUUCACCCCAGCUCUGAACUCCCCCAGACUUUGAGGUAUUUGAAAUCCGGAGGCUCUACAGUUGUAACAGAUGGGGAAACACUGUGUAGGCACUCUACAGGGUUAAAACCACCAGAUACAACAUGCCGAGGGGAAAACUCUCACGCACAUGAGCUAUUUUGCAAGUUGGUGCCUGCAACACAGUGUAAUGAAAGCGAGAGGCAGGGUGGGGGCGAAUAUGCUGCUGUGACUUCCGUGGGUUGCACCAGUGUAUUCAUUUGGAUCAAGGCAAAUGAGGAUGAUUUAUUUCUGCAGCAGCCACACUGUACAAUAGCAAACAAGAAAGAGGUCCCAUCCCAAGGUUCAACAGUGUUAAGGCACAAAGGGUAGGUACCGCGAUGGACAUGCUCAUACACAAGACAGGAUGAGAGAAGGAAGUGAAUGGGGUGGACUCAUUGGAUACAGAAGACAACACGAACUAGGUGAGCUUGUCUCUUGAAGGACAAGGGGAAUAGAUCUGGUUGAACAUUAACCUGGAGCUUAGCUAAGAACAUGAGGUGUCACAAAAGGAAGUACAGUAGCCGGAGUGAGUGAAGGAGGCAAAGGGAGUAUUCACAAUAGUAGAUUGGCAGAGCAUAUGGGAUGGGAGGGAGCAUAGGAGGAGACAAAGGCAGAGUCCCAGAGCACUUUGGAGGUGAAGAGGAGAACCUAAGAAGAGAGGAAGGGAGGGUGGAGUUGGAAGAAGGACAGAUCUCCACAGAGGGGCAUUGCUUCCACACUAAUGGAGAACCCCGUGGAAUGAGAUGCACGCUGGAUAAAAAGAAGAGGAAAGGGGAAGAAUUGUGACUAUGGAGUGUUGGAUUUAUGACUGCAGGAGAUAGAGAUCCGCAUGAAGCCCGUUUCUUCACCAUGGCCUGUGAAAGCCAAGCAGACGGAGCUGAGAAACAGAGUCCCCUCUCCUACUGUGGGACCCAUGCAGAUGACAGCUCCCUUCACUGGGUGAAAGAGUUUCACAAUGGCCAAGUGCUUAUGGUUCUCACUGCUAGCAAUACCUGCUCUUCCACCUUCUUUGAUAUGGAGCUUUGUGCAGAGAAACUGAAGACUUUUGGAAUUCAGAUGACAAUGGAUCAGUGGAGGAAUUUAAUUCAAAAUGCCAUUCUGGAACCUGAAGUAAGAAGAUACAUGUUCUACAACUCCAGAGCUUUUGGGAUAGCCAUUGCUGUGAUUUUCUACAUCUCAGUCUGGGCAAAUAUUUACUCCACCAUGCAGCUGUAUUCCUUUGGGUGCCACUGGGAAGUCAGCAUUCUGGUGACGUUGGCUGCCAUAGCACUUACUAUCGUUGUUAUAUUGAUUAUUGACCAACAUCAAAGGAAGAUACAUGUGAAUACUGAUGUGAGGCUGGCAGCUGCCAAUGAAGUCUUCAUGAAGCACAACUUACUUCUGGGGGUUGCAGAUGCCAUGGACAGACACCAGAACAUUCUACAGCUUUGCUUUGUCCAUUUCAACCUGGAGCAGUGUCGUCACUCCUUAGCAGGCUAUAUUACAGAACGGAAGAGAAACCACGAGUCAGCCCUGAGGCACAAUCUGGACCAGUUCUGUGUCACUAUGGAAACAGUGAUCCAGUCGGGUCAGGGAAGAGGAGAGGAGAGUUCGUCUGAAGAGUCGCCUCUUCUACCCAGUGACAAGAAAAGGACUCUGGCAUGCAGUGAACUGCUCCAUCUCAUUCCAGAGGGAGCUCCAGAGGUGAUGGCCCAGCAGCUGUUGGUGAUCUUCAGUGGCUAUUACAUUAGACUCUUGAUUAGUGGUCAGCUCCCUCAGGUCAUCAUGUUACGGCAUGUGGAACACAUGAAUAUUCCCUGCCUUUGCCAGUUCAUAGAGAUGAAUGUGCUUGACACAGGACACUGUUGGUUCAGGACCAGGUGACGUGAGGGGCCUGGAAAGAGUUGUUGCAAUUAAUACUGUUCAAAUACAGUGGUCCAUGGAAGAAGCCAGGGCAUAGGGAAGUCCCGGAGAGAGAUACAACUGCAUCAGGGAUUUGUUUUGACCAAUGAGAGGACAGUAAUGAGGUGGAGGACAUGACUUUAGUUAAAUAUUCAAAAUCCCAUUCAGAGACAAUAAAAGAGACAGAUACCUAACUGCCCAACCGCCCUCUUGAAAAGGAGCCAAAUCUCAUGCGAAGAAGUGAAUUGUGCUGCUUAUGACUUCCUUACUUCUCAUCAGGUCUGUUGGCCAUCCAAUACAAAUAGUUGCAUUUAGUGUGUUUGUAAUGAGCUAUCAACUCAUGCUGUGAACAGUGCAAGUAAGGAUCAUACCUGGAUGAUGCACAGCAUGUAAAGUUCAGAUUGUUGAAUGUUUAAUGCAAGGAACAUGGCAAGAUCAUGGCUAGUUAAGUUUCCUCUUUUAUGCCCCACUCAUGUUCCUUUCAUCAUGCAUGUGUGAUCCUUGCAUUUUUCCCAGCAUAGGGAAAUGACCUGGCUAUUAUCUUUAUUUUCUUGCACAGACAUGCUCUAUUUUCUUUGGCUCUUGAGAUCAGAGCAUAACAUCUCUCAUGCUUGCUCCACGCCGGCAGAAACUCACAAACUCUUAGCAUCCCAUUUGUUCGGGACUUUUGUUGGUAUUUGUUAUUUUCUAGACACGGACACUGCACUCAGCACUAUACAAAACACAGAAGAUGUCACUACCUCUGACCUGGAGAAUUGUUACCUUAGGAGCAUGAUCAGAAAUGUCCCCCACGCCUUUGACUCUACCAGGAGUUAGGGGUGAUGAACAACUUCCAGAAGGUGCUUUAAAAGACAGACAACACGGAACACACUACGAAAUCUUAAGCAAAGUUCUUUAUUGAGCAUCUUUUCUACAGUUUUGGGACAGUAUUUUUUUUUAUGCUAUCAUUAUUAUUAUUGUAAAUGACAUGGAAAAGGAAUUAGUUUUAAGCAAGAGACCAAAGUAUCUGCUUGUUACCGGGUUAAUUUAAUAAAUGGCAAGUGAACGAAGUGCUUAAAUUAUGCACA